CCCUUGUGAUCUUGUGAAUUAUUGCUGCUGCAGCCCGCACAGGGUCUGCUUAUUGCCACUGCCACUUAUGCUUCUGCUGCAUUUGGUGCUUUUUUAGUUCAACAGCUGCGGAUGUGAUCAAACCAUCUCAUGGUUACCUGUUCACAGGUUACCAAUCACUGUGCUGUUGCGCUAUGAUGCCGGAGGUAUUUCCAGAGGUUACGGUGGCAAAGAAGUCCGUUGACUGGGGUGAAGAUUGGCCUUCAGAAGAUGAUGAAGAUGACGACUAUGAUCCCCUCCACAGAGAAGAGCAGGCCUCCUUGGCCAGUGCGAAUGACGGCAGCUCAACUUCGGAGGAUUCCGGAGAAUGUUCUGAAUCAGACAAUGAAUGCAGUGACACUUGCUCUUCAGAAGUGUCAGAGGGAAGUGGGGUCGACCAGGACUCUCCCGGUCUACCCAACUCUCCCGGUCUACCCAACGAUAAAGAAAACGCUGGUAUUCGAAGAGUUCGUAGAGCAAGGCGAAGAGUGGGUGGUGAAGGGGUACCGUGGGACAACCCGGACUUAGCUGCCGAUGUGCCAUCCUCAAGCAACAAGGGCAACUCCAUCCUUCAGUUGACCUAUGCAGUUGGCAGUGAUUGCGAUGGGUACAACAACACCGCAGGUGAUCUGGAUGCGGAUGCGGUUGUCCUGGGGAAGCGGAAGCGGACCCCUGUCGACUACAAGAAGCUGCAUGAUGUGAGUGUGAAUAUCAUGAUCACAAUCGAACUACCGGUCUUCCAUCUGAGAUAUAUUCUAAUGAGCUCAGGCGAACGCGGAGAUGGUGAUUCGUCUCAUUCCGCAAAUCUUGCGGUGUCUCACUGGUCUCCACAACCAGUUCGUCCCCUCGACCCUUGGGACAGACAGGAUCAGGAUAGCAAUCGCUACAGAGGUGCCGCCAGCUCGCAGAGAGCCGUGCCGGGCAAAACCUACAGGAUAGCAAUCGCUACAGAGGUGCUGCCAGCUUGCAGAGUUGAUGGCUCCUUCUCGUGACGACCUCUCAGACCCCGUUUCAGGCGGAGGAAAUUCCAACCAUCUGAGAACUGUUCGCGUCCGUAUCCGACCCCGCU